GCUCAGUCAUCCCAGCUCGAGCUGCGCGAGGGAAGGAAGGGAGGCAAGCGGAGCCGUUGCCUGAGGCGGGGGAGGGACGCGCAAACAGUCGACCAUCAUCAGCCCUCCUCCGCAAGACCCCCCCCACACCUCGCUCCGGUAGGCUGGAUACGGCAGCCAUUGGGCAUUGUUCACAAGUAUGGCUCGUUGUCAGAUCACCGUUAAAUUAAGAGGAGAAUCACCACCAGGAGUGGUUUUUGCCAUAUGUGGAAGCUGCAAAUCUCUGGGAAACUGGGAUCCACAAUGUGCAGUGAUCCUUCACCCUGAGGAUGAGGCUGCCGAUGCUCUGCUCUGGGAAGCUACUAUUGACCUCCCUAGAGGAGAUGACAUUGAGUAUCGGUACUUUCAGGGGACCUUUUUACAACCCCAGACUACCGAUGGUCCUUGCCAAGUCAUAGUUCACAAGUGGGAGACUCAUCUACAGCCACGAUCAAUAACCCCUUUAGAGGAUAUUUCUCUGGAUGAUGGAUACUUUGGAAUCUAUGAUGAAGUGGAAAGUGUUGAUUUUGGGUGGCUGACAUGUCAGACAGAAAUAAGACUGCGCCUGCAUUUUUCUGAAAAGCCCCCUGUAUCUAUAACUAAGAAAAAAUUUAAGAAAUCUCGAUUUAGGGUGAAACUCACUCUGGAAGGUUUGGAGGAGGAGGGGGAAGAUGAUGAUGAAGACGACAGACUGUCCCCUACAAUGCCACAGAAAAUAGCAAACACGCUAUCGUUCUCUGUAAUAAGUGACACGGAUUUCCGGUCUCGGCAUUCCCAGCCAGAAUGUGGCUACGCUUUACAGCCUGACCGGUGGACUGAAUACAGUAUCCUUACCAUGGAGCCGGACAACCUGGAAUUAAUUUUUGACUUUUUUGAGGAAGAAAUUAGUGAAGCAGUGAUACAAGGAGAUGCACUUCCAGGCCACGUGGGCUCUGCAUGUUUGCUGUCAUCCACAAUUGCAGAAAUGGAAAAGAGUUACGGUAAUCUCACGCUUCCUAUCAUGAACAGGAUUUCACGAAAAACCAUUGGAAAAGUUAGAGUUGACUAUAUAAUUAUUAAGCCAAUUCAAGGAUAUUCGUGUGAUAUGCAAUCUUCAUUCAGCAAAUACUGGAAACCAAGAAAAGGGCUGGAUGUUGGACAUCGGGGUGCAGGAAACUCUACAACUACUACCAAGCUUGCUAAACUUCGAGAGAAUACCAUUGCUUCUUUAAAGAAUGCUGCUAGACAUGGAGCAGCCUUUGUGGAAUUUGAUGUACAUCUUUCUAAGGAUCGAGUUCCUAUAAUAUAUCACGAUAUGACUUGCUGUAUUGCCAUGAAAAAGAAAGAUGAAUCUGAGCCACUGGAGCUGUUUGAGAUUGCAGUGAAAGAGCUGACAUUUGCCCAGCUGCAAUUAUUAAAGCUGGCGCAUGUGACUGCCUUGAAAUCAAAAGACAGCCAAGAAACAUUUAAAGAAGACAUAAAUGCUCCUUCUGACAUGCAACCGUUCCCCUCUCUCCAAACAGUAUUAGAAGCUAUUCCUGAAAAUGUUGGGUUUAAUAUAGAAAUAAAAUGGAUCUGUCAGCAAAAGGAUGGGGUGUGGGACGGUAAUCUUUCGACUUACUUUGACAUGAACGUCUUCCUAGAUAUUAUUUUGAAAACUGUUCUAAUAAAGGCGGGAACAAGGAGGGUUCUAUUUUCUUCAUUUGAUGCAGACAUCUGUACAAUGGUCAGGCAGAAACAAAAUAAAUAUCCCAUAUUGUUUCUAACUCAAGGAAAAUGUGAAACUUAUCCAGAACUGAUGGAUCUCAGAUGUCGUACGACGUCUAUUGCUAUAAACUUUGCACGAUUUGAAAAUAUCCUGGGAAUCAAUGCACAUACAGAAGAGUUACUACAGGAUCUAUCAUUUAUCAAUGAGGCACUUUCUAAAGGCUUGGUUGUCUUCUGCUGGGGCGAUGAAGCAAAUGACCCAGAGAACAGGAAAAAACUGAGAGAACAUGGAGUUCAUGGUCUGAUCUAUGACAGGAUUUAUGACUGGAUGCCUGAACAGCCAAAUAUAUUCCAGACUGAGCAGCUGGAACGACUGAAGAAGGAGGUACCGGAGCUGAAAAGUUGCAUUUGUCCCACUGUUAGCCACUUCAGUGCUGCGGGUCUAUGUCGAUGUCGCACUGGCUCCCUAAAACCAAGAAUGGCAGAGAGCACAGAGAGUCUCUAACUGUCCUCAUGCUGAACAGAAAACUGCUUGAGGAGUACAUUCGCCAUUCUUUCCACGGAACAAAGCUACUAAUGCCUUGCCUGUUCUUGUCUCCCGAUGAAGCAAUAACACGUGGUCCACAGUAGUAAAUUAAAGAGCUGUUGCUGGUUUGUCCAAUCACGCUAGGACGCUUGGUCAGUGGUAAUCAUUGGUUUGUCUUCUCAUUUAGUCGGAGCUGAUCAACUUUGAGAUGAAAUCUGUGUACUGUAAUGCACCAAUCUGAUUUCUGAGCAAUCCAAAGUGCAAUAGCUGCAUGUUGCUAGGAUCUGAAUUGCCAAAUGUCCAUGUGCAAAUGAAUUAACUCCAAGACUAGCAGUGAAAACUGUAUACUGUAUAAAACUUAGUCUGCAGGAAGAGGACCUCCAAUGCAUGCAUUUGCACUGAUGCAUGCAUCUAUGCGUAUGUAUGCCAUCACAUUGCACAACUGCAGUUAAGUCUAUUUUUCUUUCCCCACUGCCUGCAGGUUAUUGCUAUCUGUGUGUUUGUGUUGUGGUUUUUUUGUGGUGGUUCUUUUUUCUCCAUUAUAUAUUGCAAUGAAUGACGUAGUGUCUGUGUAUUAGCUUACAGGUGAAAAGUUCCUUUUCUUCCCUGUGUUUUUUGUAUCCAGAUUUUGCUGAAGCUUUGAAGAUUGUAAAUCACUAUAUACCAAAUUGCCAGCAUCUGACCUUAGGGUUUUUUAAAAAAAAGUAUCAUUGUACUUAAUGGAGCAGAUAUGCAGGACAUGAGCCAGUAAGUACUACGCAUGAAGCGCACUCGGCAGCAGUCCUUGUGCACUUGUGGUGCUAAUAAGAUGCAAGGGCAUUAAAGGGCUGAACGAAAGUGCUGCGUCGUUGCUGCUGGAAAACCAUAUGCUUCUAUGUGUAGGCAGUUAAAAAGAGGCUCGGGCAUCUUAUUAUCUUUGUCUGGCCACUAAUAGAUGUGUGUGUUGAAAGCUAGAUUUGAUUGUUAAGCACGUAAUAGGCUCUUGAACUUUAACCACUGGCCUCUGUAUACUAGGUAUAACUUAUUCAGAAAUUAUGGUCUAGACUAUCUUGUGUUCGCCUGUCCUUAAAAACCCGCAUUCCCCACUCCUCAACCCCGGGACAGCAGACAAUUGAAGCCUGAUAAUCUGUAACUUUUUACAAAGUGUUAAGCGCAUAAUGAAAUUGAAAAAGUAUUUAUUUUUUUUCUCCGCCUGUUGCAAAUCAACCAGUUGAAACAAUACACUUGUAUGAUAUGAAUCUUGUCACUGCUACACACAGCUGAUUGUAUAAGAGUUCAAUAAAUGCAAGUCUGCAUCUGUGUGCUCGGUUUGUAGUGCUGAAUUGUUUGGGAGAGAUGAUAGGACUGUUUCCACUCAUUUCUUCUUUUCCCUUGUGUAACCAGCACACUCUUAAGGUCUCUGGGAACUAUCUUUAGUUUAAAAAUAAAGUGCGUUUUAUACCUAAAA